CUGCUCAGCAGCUGCCCUGAGUCCUGGAACACGAGCCCUGGUUGCUGCAGAUUGCCUGUGAACUCAGAAGCCCGGUGCUACACAGGAGACGCAGGCAUGGCCGAGGAACUGUCUCCAGAGCAGGUGGCUGACUUGAAGGCAGCCUUCACCAAGUUCGACAAGGAUGGGAAUGGCACCAUCAGUGUCAAGGAGCUGGAUGCAGUGAUGCAGCUCCUGGGCCACAAACUCUCAGAGGAGGAGCUGAAGGCCCUCAUCGCCAGUGUGGACCAGGAUGGUGAUGGAGCCAUUAGCUUCCAAGAGUUCCUGGCAGCGAUGGCCAAGAGGUUGAAGGCUGCGGCCCAUGGGCAAGACCUGCGGGCGGUCUUUCAAGCCUUUGACCAAAAUGGCGAUGGCCACAUCACUGUGGAAGAACUCAAGCAGGCCAUGGUCAAGCUGGGAGAACCGCUUCCUCUGGAGCAGCUAAAUGCUAUGAUCGAAAAGGCUGAUGUAGACAAGGACGGGAAGGUGAACUAUGAGGAAUUUGUGCGUGUUUUAACCCGAGAGUGAGGUUCAUGGGGCAUUGGCUCCACCCCGUCUGUCUACCUGACUCUGGCCUGUUAGGUUUUUGCGCCUUCUUGGGAGUCCCUGCUUUUGUGAUAGGGGAUACAAAAGGAAACUCUGGAUUGGUGGAUGGGAACUUUCUCACUGGUGAGAAAGACUUUGCUCUCCUGCCCUGUUUGCUGUGUUGUUGGGGCAGCUCAAGAUCCCUCUGUACCUGCUGAGAGCCUAGGCAAAAGCUGGGCCUUAUCCUCUCGGUGGUGGAAUCGGUGUUCCCUACCUCACAGGGCUGUUGUGAGGGGUCCCUAUGCUAUGCAAUGGUCCAAAUAAAAGGAAUGCAAAGUCCA